GGCGGCGGCCUGGACGCGCUCAGCGAUCGCUUCCAGCCCCACCCGGCGCCGGCGCCGCCGCUGCUGCUGGAGCCCAAAGCCGGGGUGUUCUCCCAGCCCUUCCCUCCCUUCAUCCUCCUCCUCAUCGUCAUCCUCGUCAUCCUCAUCCUCCUCAUCCUCGUUCCCGGCCAACGGCCCCGGGGCCGCCCUGGGCAUGGGCCCGGCCGGGGCUCGGCCGCCCCCCGAAGCGCCCCCAACCAGCUCCGGCUGCAGCUACAGCAGCGCCUGCAGGGACAGCAGCAGUUGCUGCAGCAGAACCGCCAGGCGGCGCUGCUGGGGCACUUCGGGGCGCCCGUGGGGCUCUCGCUGCGCGCCGGGAUCCCGCAGCAGCAGCAGCAGCAGCAGCCGCAGCCGCCCCUGAACGCGCAGAUGCUGGCGCAGCGGCAGCGGGAGCUCUACAGCCAGCAGCACCGGCAGCGGCAGCUGAUGCAGCAGCGCGCGCUCCUCAUGCGCCAGCAGCAGCAGCAGCAGCAGCAGCAGCAGCAGAAUUUCGGGAAUUCCCCCCUGGGGACGCCCAUGGGAACGCCAAUGGGGACCCCCAUGGGAACCCCAAUGGGGACCCCCAUGGGGACGCCGCGGCAGCAGCAGCAGCAGCAGCAGCAGUUCCCGUUCCCCACGCCCGGUUACGGUACGAGCGGCCCCGGCGCCGGCGUGGCCGCGUUCGGGGCUCCCGAGGCGGCGCUGGGGACGCGCGGGGGCCUCGGGGGCCGCGCCGUGAUGGGAGCGGCGCCGGCGGCGGCACCGGCGGCGCCGGCGGCGCCCUACGGAGCCGGGAUGGGGAUGCAGCAGAACCUCUUCCAGUACCCGGGGGCAGGGCUGGGCCAGCAGCCGGACCCGUCGGGAUUCGCGCCGGCGGCGGCGCUGAGCCCCGGCAGCCCCCUGGUGUCGCCGCAGCUGCCGCCGGCGCCGCCCGCGCCCGGGUACCAAUCGCCGGAGCUGAAGCCGUGGCAGGCCGGGAACGUCGGCAAUAACGGCGUUUUCGGCCCGGCGGGCGCGGCGGCGGCGCCGGCGGCGGCGCCGGGGAUGUACAACAACAUGAGCAUCACCGUCUCCAUGGCCGGCAGCGGGGCCGGCACCGGCAUUCCCGGCUCCGGCGGCGGCAUUCCCGGCUCCGGCGGUGGAAUUCCCGGCUCCGGCGGCAUUCCUGGCUCCGGUGGAAUUCCCGGUUCCGGCGGCGUUCCCGGCGGUUCCGGCGGCGUUCCCGGCAUGGGCGCCAUGGGCGGCGGCAUUGCCAUGAAUCCCGUCAUGGCCGGCAUCAACUCCAUGUGCUCGGAGCAGGUGCCGGAGGCGGCGCUGAGGCCCCCGGGGCUCUUCUGUCCCCAGCUGGGCCCCGCGGAGCUGCUCAAGCCCGAGCCCGACGGCGCCCAGGUGCAGCAGGUGCAGGUGUUCGCGGACGUGCAGUGCACCGUCAACCUGGUGGGGGAUCCCUACCUCAGCCCGGCCCCCCCCGGCCCCUUGGGGACCCCCAAAAACCCCAAUGGGAACCCCCCGGCGCCCCCCGGGAGCG